UAGACUGCAGCAAAUUCAAGUGAAGUUAAAAAAUAAAGAAAUAAAAAAAACAUGUUUAGAACACAAUUCGAUAAAGAGACAAAAUUGUGGAAGGGUCGUGAUUCACCUUCAUUAUACAAUCCAAAAAUAUCACUUGCUCAAGUAUUUUUUCGAACUUGUUUGAAUUUUGGACCAAAAAUCGCUCAAAUAAGUGAUGAUUCUGGUAUUCAGUUGACUUAUGAUGAACUUCGUAUGAAAACAAUUCGUGCUGCGCAAAAUCUUCAAAAACGUGGCUAUCAUUCAAAAGAAGUAUUUGGAAUUGUGGCAAAAAAUUCACACCAUCUAGCACCGAUUGUGUUCGCUUCACUCGCUAUUGGCAGUGCUGUCAAUUCACUUGAUCCGUCAUUUGGAAAAACCGAACUUUUGCAUAUGUUGAAAAUAAUUACGCCGACUCUGAUAUUUUGCGAUGUGGAAUCAUAUGAUCUGCUUAAAGAAUGCUUGGUUGAACUAAAGAAUGAUGCAAAAAUAUUCACAUUUGGUGGCAGCACGGACGAUUCAGAACAAGUUGAGAAUUUAUUUGUUGAAACGCAUAAUGAAGCCGAGUUUGUACCGGUGGAAGUCGAUGGUGAAAAUGACACAGCUAUAAUUGUUUGUUCCAGUGGUACAACAGGACUAUCAAAGGGAGUUACCUUAUCGCAUGCGGCGUUACUCGAUGCAAAUACACAAUUUAAUGUGAUAUUCUCUUCGUAUGAUGUGCUAUUGGCAUUCAGUUCAUUAUACUGGGUUACCGGAUGGAUUACAUUGGUUGGAGGAACGAUAAAUGGUGCAACUCGUAUUAUUACAACGGAAUCAUACACUCCUGAACUGCAUCUUCGACUUAUUGAGAAGUAUAGAGUGUCAUUUGGAUUAAGUGCACCCCAUCAUAUAGCUUUGUUAUCGAAAUGUGGCCGUCUUCAUCACACCGAUUUGUCAAGCUUAAAAUUACUAACGGUGGCAGGUGGAAAGUGUUCACUUAAUGUUCAAAAUGAAAUCAAUGCCAGAUUACCAAACGGAAAAGUUUUUGCUGUUUAUGGACUGAGUGAGGCAGGUAGUGGAAUGUCAGUCAAUUUGGGUAAUACAGACUCCGUUGGUCAAUUACUGGGCUAUUGUACCGUAAAAAUAGUCGAUGAAGAUGGCAAGCGUUGUGGUGUCGGCGAAAAGGGUGAAAUUUGCUUUAAAACAAAUUAUAAAUUUCUUGGCUACUAUGGCAAUCAGAAAGCCACAGAUGAAGCAUUUGAUGAAGAAGGAUAUUUCUUAACCGCCGACAUUGGCCAUUUUGAUGAAGAUGGGAACUUAUUUAUUGUUGAUCGUAAAAAAGAUAUCAUUAAGUAUUGCAAUUUUCAAAUUUCGCCCUCGCAAAUUGAAUCUUUUUUGAUCGAAAUGCCGGACAUAAAAUCUGCAUGUUUAAUUGGAAUGCCAGAUGAAGUUGCCACUGAUUUACCAGCGGCAUUUAUUGUACGCACCAAAGGUUCGAAUAUUAUAGAAACAGAUAUUUUCAAUUUGGUCGCAGAUCAUUUUGCGGACUACUGUAAACUAAGAGGUGGUGUAUAUUUUGUCGAAUCUCUUCCAAUGACUCCAUCCGGUAAAAUAUUACGACGAAAAGUUAAAGAUUUGGCUACGGACCUAAAUAGCAAUAGAAUUAAUUGAACUGGAUUCCACUGGAACUCAAAGUUUUUUUCGUCUGAAAAGAAAUGACUUUUCGAGAAUGAUGUGUACGGCAACAUUUCUUAUGAGAUCGAACACGUUUUUGAAUUUUCUAAACGCUUAGUUAUUGGAAUUUUGCGAAAAUGUGAUGUCUUAAUGCUUAAUAGUUAGUGGCAAGGUAGUUUUUACCAGUAGGCUUCUUAAACAAUUAAUUUACAACGAACAUAAAGCUAAAAAUCAUGAUCAUACUACAUUUAUAAUGUUAUAUACAUGAUUAUUGAUAUGUGUUCAGCAUCUUUUCCCCAUGUUUUUAGGUCAAUUAUUCAUAUUUAAAAAAAACAUACAUAUACACUAUUGUAUUUUUAGAAAUUCCGACGUAUAAUGAUGAUUUGCGACAAUGAUAUCUUAUCUUUGAAAGAGUUUUUCAGGUUUAAUUGGGUACACUCCAUAUCACAUUUG